AUGCAGGCUCUUGUUGAGUUCUGUAAAUAUGGGUUCUAUAUACUCACGAUGGGUAUGCUAGUAACCCCAAGUGCAACUCUAACUCAAAGCUUCGUAGAGUCGGGUAGCAGUGCAAGUUCCAAUUGUGUCAGCUAUCUUUCUGUGGCCGUUUUACUUGCAUCAUUUUUCGAAUCCAUAGGGUUAACAAUUUUGGGAUACUUGAAGAUCCAACGUCACAUAAUAGGUGCAGAGAGGAUGGAGGAACAGGCAAAUGAUCAUCAGUGUGAUUCUAACCCUGAAAGCAUGAAGGGCUAUAAGCACGUAGUCUUGCAGCGCCCCAUUUGUAUCAUUGACCAUUUGGUGAGGAAGCAGGGUCGAUCCAUUACCAUUGAACAGAUAUGGGAUUGUUGUGGCAACUCAGCUGACAGCAAAGCACUGAAAGACUUAUGUCUGUCCUUUGUCUUGUAUCAGCAGCUCUUGGAAUGGCGCUACUUCGGGCAAGUCUGUCCCGAAGCCAGCCUUCUGAAAGCCAAUGAUCUUGUCUUCAAAAAAUUGUUGCUAUCUGAAGGGGAUUUCAAAAGAGCAUUCAGUAUUAUUGAGGCAGAGUUGGGUUUUUGCUACGAUUUCUUCUUCACAAAGUAUCAGUAUACCUUUCUAUCGAUGGAAUCACUGGUACCACUCAUUCCAUUUUUGGUUUUGCUCAAGAUAAUUCUCAUUUUAACAGUUGGAGUGUUUGCCUUCGGAAAAUCACUGGUUCUUGAGACACCACGUCCUAUCAUAGAGGUGCGCGGUACAGAAACUGAUUACAUCAUUACUCUACUAGUUCUUGGUAUAGUUCUCGUAAUGGAACUGGCGCAAGCAGCAUUUUAUCUGGCUUCAGAUUGGGUCCAGGUAUCACUAGCCUGCAGGCAUGUCAAGAAAAAUUGCAAUGCAGCCAAUGCAUUUAUUGGAAGAGUUAUUGGUUUUCUUAGAAGGAUUAUUAUUUCUGGGGCGUUGAGAGACAAGAUUGGCCAGUACUCAGUUAUUCGGAUGGAACGCAUAGGCCCAGCAGAGGUUUCUGAUGCAGUGAAAGGAGCUAUUGCUAGGUCGCUCAUAAGAUCUAAUGGCAACCUAACCAAUGGCGAAACAUUAAUAAGGAAUAAUCAAAGGUUUGAGAAGUGUUAUUGGGCAUUCAAGAAUCACUCUCAGCUGGAAGUCAUGUUCAUUUGGCAUAUUGCAACUGAAUACUGUGAUAUUUCUGAUGAUCAGACAAAUGGGAUCACUCCAGAUAAUGACCGUGGUGUUGCAGUUUGUUUGUCUAAAUACUGUGCAUACUUGAUUGGGUCUGUCCCAGAACUGCUUCCGUACCACGAGGUGGAUAUAAGGGAGUUGACAACAAAGGUGGCAAAAGAACGUAAGCAGCUUUUUGGAUCCUACAAAGAUUCUGAGGUUUAUGAUAAAAUGAAGAAAUUAGAUGGGACAGAAGAGGGAGAUGACCCUGCGACGGUCUUCAAGAAAGGCGUGAAGCUCGGCAAGCAGCUCGCGAGCAUGACGGAUGUGCUUGAGCGCUGGAAGAUGAUGGAAGAUUUCUGGGCCCAGACAAUCCUCUAUGUCGCGCCCGCGCACUCCACCGCCAAGCAACACAUGCAACAUCUUGAGAAUGGCGGGGAGUUCCUCACCCACAUCUGGGCUCUGCUUUCUCAUGCUGGCAUCCUGAAUCUUAACAGUGACAAGGAUCAGGGGGCACAGGCAGAGCCUGCAUCUGUAUGA